AUGAUAAAAUAGAUUAAAAAAUAUUAUAAUUUAGAAGAAUUUAAAAGUUCUUCACUUUUAUCUCAUUAGGUUCUCCAUAUUGUUCUCAGUUUCAAUUAAAUUGGUGCAAAGGGUGCAUCAUGCUUAGGUUCUACUUUAGCAAAUUGCAUUAAUCUCUCAAAUUUGACACUUGACCUUGAUAGGAAUGAAAUUGAUGAUGAAGGUGCAUCAGGCUUAGGUUCUGCUUUAGCAAAUUGCAUUAAUCUCUCAAAUUUGACACUUGAUCUUAGUAGGAAUAAAAUUGAUGAUGAAGGUGCAUCAGGCUUAGGUUCUGCUUUAGCAAAUUGCAUUAAUCUCUCAAAUUUGACACUUGAUCUUAAUUACAAUUAAAUUGGUACAAUCGGUGCAUCAGACUUAGGUUCUGCUUUAGCAAAUUGCAUUAAUCUCUCAAAUUUGAAACUUAACAUUAGUUACAAUUAAAUUGAUGCAGGGUAUGUAUUAGGCUUAGGCUCUGCUUUAGCAAAUUGCAUUAAUCUCUCAAAUUUGACAUUAGACCUUAGUAACAAUUAAAUUGGUGAUGAAGAUGCAUUAGGCUUAGGUUCUGCUUUAGCAAAUUGCAUUAAUCUCUCAAAUUUGACACUUUACCUUGGUGAAAAUUAAAUUGAUGAUGAAGGUGCUUCAGUUUUGAGUUCUACUUUAGUAAAUUGCACUAACCUCUCAAAUUUGAUAAUUGGACUUAGUGACAAUUAAAUUGGUGCAAUGGGUGUAUCAAGCUUAGGUUCUGCUUUGGCAAAAUGCACUAAUCUCUCAAUUUUGUCUCUUGAUCUUUGUUACAAUUAAAUUGGUGCAAUAGGUGCAUCAGGCUUAGGUACUGCUUUAGGAAAUUGCACUAAUCUCUCAAAUUUGGAACUUUUUCUUUAGGGCAAUUAAAUUGGUGAUUAAGGUAUAUCAGGCUUAGGUUCUGGUUUAGCAAAUUGCACUACUCUGUCAAAUUUGGUGCUUGAAAUUUAUACAAAUAAAAUUGGUGAUUAAGGAGCAUUAGGCUUAGGUUUGGCUUUAGAAAAUUUCACUAAUCUCAUAAAUUUGAAAAUUAAUCUUGGUGAUAACCAAAUUCGUGAUGAAGGUACAUCAGGCUUAGGUUCUGCUUUAGCAAAUUGCAGUAAUCUCUUAAAUUUGACACUUGAUCUUCUUUAUAAUUAAAUUAAUGGAUCAUAAAAAUUGAAAGUAAAAACCAAGUGUCUUAAAUCAAAAAGAUUAGUUGUCUUUAAAAUAAACUGA